CCACGCCUUCACAACAAACAAGAUUAGGUUUAGAUAUCUCAAAUAAAAAGAUUUUCAGUCUUCCCUCGGUCCACGUGGACUGCUUUCUUUCCACCCACUUAUUUAUAAACCAAAUAAAUAAAUAUUAAUAAUAAAAUGAGUUUUUGUUUGUUUGUUUUAGAAACCAUGCAGCAUUAGCAAAAGCCGUUGGUGUGUUUUUGAUAUGGUGCUGCUGCUUCUUGUUCCUUCACCUUCCAGAUGUCAUCAUACUCGUAUUAUCAUCCAUUCACUACCACCAAACCUCUUCCAAUUUGGCAGCCACACCGCCAUCAGCACCACCGGUCACUCUCUUGCUCACAAUCACCACUUCUCAGACACAGGCUUUCCUGUUCAAGGCUUCAACAAGUAUCUGUUGCCUCAGAGGCUUCACAUGAACACCAAGACGGGCAGAGUGAAAACCUCAACAGCAACAACAACAACUCCUCCAAGGAGGUCAAAACUACUUCUAAAAUACAAGUGCCCAGACAAAAACACAUCCCCGUUUCCAAGUCCCAACUUCUAGAUGCCAUCCUCUCUAUCAUGCUUCAUCAAGAUGCUGCUCAUCACUUUCGCCUUCUCACCUCAUGUUUGGACUCUAUACUUCAUGCUGAACACAAAACCAUCUUAGAGGAGAUGCGUUCAGAUUAUCACCUCACCGAUUCACUCCAAACUCAGGAUCAAGACAUUUCAAACUAUGCCAAUAAUGGGAAUGGGAAUGUCUAUCAGGAGGACAUGCAGCAGCUUCAAUCACAAAAGUCUAUGCUUUCCGAUUAUGCUCUCAACCUCGGGACUCUUUUGCGUUCUUUCGACCCAACUCCCGACAAUGAUUAUGACAGGGGGUCCAGAGUUACCGUUGCUACUCGUUUCCAACGUGCUUUCAUGCAACUUCUUGCUGAUGCACAAUUCGAAGAACUAUCAGCUCGGGAUCUAAUGUUGACAUCUGCAUUGAAUACAGACUAUCUCCUUACCUUGCCAAUAUAUGUUGAUUGGGAGAAAGCAUAUGAGUCUAAUGCCAUAAUAUUUAGGCGGGGUUAUGCAACUGAGAAGCAAAAUGGCCUAUUAAUUGUUGAAAAACUGGAUUACUUACAGUCCAAGCUUCUAGAAACAAUCUUCUCUCUUGUAUCAAAACCACUAGCAAAACUUGGCACCAAGAUCAGCGAGGUUACUUUUUGCGUGCUUUAUGAAAAUUUCAGUCAGAAACAUGUAGUGCACAGUUGGACAGAAAGAUUGAGGCUUUGGCUAAAGGAACUGUCAGUAUUUCAAAAGUCUCUGCUCCAUAAUGACAAUGCUUUGGAUGAGCAAAUAGGUGUAAACCAAGUACCAAAUGAAGAACUCCCUAUUUGGCUGGCAGCUCAGAGAGCAGUAGCUCGAUAUGAAGGGAUUUUGUCACCUGUUGGUCCCCGUGAAAGACUCUUAAGGAGAUUGCUUUCUUGGAUUGGACUCAUUCCCCUUAAAUCAGAAACACCUUUUCAGGUUGAAAAUGACGGUGACUCUCCUGAACCUUAUCUAAGGCCUACUUUUUUAUCAAGGAUAUCACUUAGUGAUACAUGGAGACCUGCAACAAGAAAGUACUGCGGAAAUGAUCCUUGGAAAAUGUUAAAAACUUCCAUUUCCAUACUUUUCUCAAAAUCAGUCCUGCAGGAACCAGCCUUCGAGGAACUAAUUCUAUUGUAUACAGAGGAAGUUGGAGAAAUCAAUGGUAAAGAUAAAGCGGAGGUUCCAUCAUUGCAGUUAAAGAUCUAUGAGAGAAUUCCUUUUCCAGAUUUAGCGGUGGUUUUUCCUCAUAAAAAGCUAUCAUUCCGCAUCAUAGACACGGUGCGCUUGGAUAUUGCCACAAUUUUGGGACUCUUGGCAUAUUUUAUAAACUACAAAUUUGAGAAUGUCUUAUCUUCCCCAUCUGCUGUAUUACUUGAUGUAGUUGCUGUAAGUGCUCUAAUGAUAUAUGGGAGUCGUGUGGCUCUAGGCUACAAACAGACAUGGGAUCGGUAUCAGCUAUUAGUGAACAAAACACUUUAUGAAAAGACCUUAGCAAGUGGCUUUGGCUCAGUGCACUUUCUUUUAGAUGCUUCUGAACAGCAACAAUACAAGGAAGCUAUUUUGGCUUAUGCAGUGCUGCUCAAAGCUGAUAAGGGCCAGGUGACUUCUCGGCAAAGAGUAGGAGAGGAAUGUGAGAGAUUCAUGUAUGAAGUUUUUAAAGUGAAGGUUGAAAUGCCAAUUGACAAGGCACUCAAUACGUUAUUAAGGCUGAGCCUAGCAACUGAAACUUGUAUUGAUGGAAAACAUGGAUUGUUGGCUAUACCUUGUCCUCAGGCCUAUGAAGCCCUUAAAGAGCGAUGGAAUAGUUUGUUUUGUUAAAAUGUAAAAUUUGUACGUUUCAUUAGGUACUGUAGAAUCAACAUUUACGACUUACCAAAUAAAGGCAUUAUAUGGUUACAUAUUCAUUCUACACCUUGUGUUGAUAUAUAAACACAAAGUUUAGACCUUUAUUAAGUACACAAAGCUUAAUUAAAAGCUUCUGAAUCCAUUGCGUCAAUUCAAUUAGUUACGAGUGUUUAUUGUAAUUCUGACUACUAUGCAGGAUGACAUUUUGAGAAGGUAAUAAUGGUUGAUUAUGAAUUCACAUCAAUUAGAUAUAAAACUCAAAACUAUCAGCUGAGGUUCUUUAUAUACUCUUAAAGUGUAGGUGACUGCAGUCUAAAGCUGUGGCAAUGUCCAGUGUUCUCAAGCUGAAAGUCAAACUCAACAAUAACUAAGGUUUGACCGAGUGAUGGUUGGUAUAUUUGGCUUGACUGUUAGUUAGGUUAUACAUUUACUAGUCCUUUGAAAUAGAAGCAAAAGGAGAGUGUUUGUGAAUGAAUAUUAAUAAUGUUGUUGAUUAAUAAUAUGAGUUUGGAGUUAGAGUGGGAUUCUCCAUCAUCAUCACCUCCUACACUUCCCUCUCCACUCCCUAUUAGUUAUGGAGCAGGAAACAAAAGAUACUCUUUCUCAGCUUCUUCAACUCUAUCACCACCUUUCUCGUCUCCUGAAAAUCUCUCCCUUCUGCAUGUGCCAUCUGUAUUUUCAGUGGAUCUCCAAGAUCUUCCAGAACUGGAAUUCAAGAGUACAUGCCUCAAGGACUUGUAAGUUGGAAUGGUUUAUACAAAAAUGUUGCUGUUGCUGUAACAAAUUUCCUUCCAUCUCACUAACACCACAGAACAGGUCCAUGAUUCAAAGCAAUGCUCAAGAUUUUGUUGCCAUUCAUUACAACUCCAAAACUUUCUGCUCAAACAACAUCUAGCAUGCACCUCUGGCGUAUUAACAAUUUGUUCGCUCCCUCUUUUCUUGUAUGGAGAAUAUUUAGGUUCAAUCUACUAUCAACAAAAGAAUUCAAUGCAUAAACAUAUGCUAAAUUUAUAAAUUCUUAAGGCAUUUUUAUCAAA